AUACUGUGCUUGAUGGCCAAGGCAAGCAGACCAGACAGCACAAUGCGGUGCAGGAGCAGACAACAGCAUUUCUAUUCAUUUCAAACGUGACUUGUUAUUUGAUAUGCCAGCGUAAACCUCAUAUAUGCAAGUCCCACUGUGUGUCAGACUCCCCUGUUGCACAGCGAAAAAGCUCCCAUAAUGACCGAGCAGCCAGUGAGGAAAAAAAAUAACAGUGUAGGACAAUUUUACAUGAAGAAUCAAUUUCACGCCUGAAUCACUGCUCUGUAUAAACAGCGCCAUCUGGUGGCCUGGGGUGCCCAACCUGGUCUCGCACCACGGAGUGGCUUUGCUGCUGAAGCCGUCUGGCAGAGCGAGGGUUAAAGUGAGCUGGAGGAGCUCGAGAGAAGGAAAGCCUGGCAGCGGGAGCAGUCCACACUCCCACACGGCGUCCAGCUGGAUACAGCACACUGCGAGGAGGGGAGCCCCCGAACCAAAUCCAAAGUAUUCCACGGCUCGACUUGUUGAUUCCCACCUGGGGGAGGACGGCUGACGAGGAAGAAAAGAGAGAGAGAGAGAGGGAAGAACGAGGCAACAUUCCCAUGUCUCCACGCUGCUUAUGAUGUCUUCAUCACAUCCGUGCCAAGCGCAGAAGAUCCGGACGAGUUCUCCACCUUGACACGCGCGUCUGAUUGAAAUGAAGCCGCCGCACGUCCACGGCAUGACCCGGGCUGCACGGGAGACACCCACGGCAAGAGUGUGCAGACCCUGAUGAGGUCACCCAGAGGACCAUGUCUUCUUAACCCCCACCGUCCCGUCUUUGGCACUGACUGAGCGACUCGAACGAAGAUGAUCAAAGUGGCGACAAGGUCGUCCGGAGCGCAGCCGCCGGACGCAGUGGACAUCAUCCGAAGCAAGCACACCCGCCGGGUGAGGCUCAAUGUCGGGGGCCUCCUCCACGAAGUCCUGUGGAGGACACUGGACCGCCUGCCCCGCACGAGACUUGGCAAGCUGCGGGACUGCAACACCCACGACUCCAUCAUGGAGAUCUGCGACGACUACAGCUUGGACAGCAACGAAUACUUUUUUGACAGACAUCCUGGCGCCUUCACGUCUAUUUUGAACUUUUACCGCACGGGGAAGCUGCACAUGAUGGAGGAGAUGUGCGCCCUGUCCUUCAGCCAAGAGCUGGACUUUUGGGGCAUCGACGAGAUCUACCUGGAAUCCUGCUGCCAGGCCCGGUACCACCAAAAGAAAGAGCAGAUGAACGAGGAGCUCAAACGAGAGGCCGAGAACAUGAGAGAGCGGGAAGGCGAGGAGUUUACCACCACGUGCUGUUCGGAGAAGAGGAAGAAACUUUGGGACCUCCUGGAGAAGCCUAGCUCAUCCUUUGCUGCUAAGAUUCUGGCCAUCAUCUCCAUCCUCUUCAUUGUGCUGUCCACCAUCGCCUUGUCCCUGAACACGCUGCCAGAGCUGCAGGACACGGAUGAGUUUGGUCAACCCACAGACAACCCUCAGUUGGCCCACGUCGAGGCCAUCUGCAUCGCCUGGUUCACCAUGGAGUACCUGUUGCGCUUCCUCUCUUCCCCCAACAAAUGGAAGUUCUUCAAGGGCCCCCUGAACAUCAUCGACCUGCUGGCCAUCCUGCCCUACUACGUCACCAUCUUCCUGACGGAAUCCAACAAGAGCGUGCUGCAGUUCCAGAACGUCCGACGCGUGGUGCAGAUUUUCCGGAUCAUGCGCAUCCUGCGUAUUUUGAAGCUGGCUCGGCACUCCACGGGGCUUCAGUCACUGGGCUUCACCCUCCGCAGGAGCUACAAUGAGCUGGGCCUGCUGAUCCUUUUCCUGGCCAUGGGUAUUAUGAUCUUCUCCAGCCUGGUGUUCUUUGCCGAGAAGGACGAAGAGGACACCAAGUUCAAAAGUAUCCCGGCCUCCUUCUGGUGGGCUACGAUUACGAUGACCACGGUGGGAUAUGGAGAUAUUUAUCCCAAAACGUUACUGGGAAAGAUAGUAGGAGGGUUAUGCUGCAUUGCGGGCGUGUUGGUGAUUGCCCUGCCGAUCCCCAUCAUUGUCAACAACUUCUCCGAGUUCUACAAAGAACAAAAGAGGCAGGAAAAAGCCAUCAAAAGGAGGGAGGCCCUGGAGAGGGCAAAGAGAAAUGGCAGCAUUAUCUCCAUGAACAUGAAGGACGCCUUUGGCCGCAGCGUAGAGCUCAUGGACAUCAUGGUGGAAAAAAAGGAUGACAAAGUGGGAAAGAAGGUCCUUGUGAAUCAUGUAUCUCAUAGCCCGCAGAAAGGGAAACCCCAAGUCAAGUCGGAAACGAGUCCCAGCAGUGCCAAGCACCGCCUGGAAUUGUGUCACCGGGAGCAAGCCAAGCCUUCGGGAAGCCCUCAACAUCUCAGUGCUCAGACUCUGGAGGAAAUGUACGACAUCAUGGCCAAGACUCAGUCGCAACCCGACCUCAACAGCAAGGAAAAGGUGCCGUCUAAAGCCGGGCGUCACCGAGCGGAAUUCGAGAUGGGAGCCGUAACGGAUGUGAGGAGCAUGUCCAGUAUCGACAGCUUCAUCAGCUGCGCCACCGAUUUCCCCGAAAGCUCUCGUUUCAAUAUUCUCGGCAGGGUCAGCACAAAUCCGAGCCUGGAACCCACCUUGGAGAAUGAGAAUGAAGGCAGUGCCACACCCCUGAGCGGAAGGGGCUCCAAUGAUCUCCAUUGUGGCAAUCCAAUCAAGGGCCCAUCAGUCAGGGUGACCUUCAGAGGAGGGCGGGAUUCGGGGGUUGGGGUGCUCUCCGAUGGCUCUUCAGUCCAGAGCCCGGAGGUGUCCGUCUAUACUACUGCGAGCAGCAGGACGCCCAGCAAGAGUCCGGAGAACUUACCUCCACACAUCUUCACAUUCCACGACGCUUCCAUCCACCAGUUCAUCGACGCCGACACGGACGAGGAGGAGCACCUGCACGACGCAUCGGUCAUCAGCCCGGCGCAGAGACUCCUGGACAGAGCCAGUCCCAGGUUUGGCUGUAAGGGAGCCAACCACAUGGAGGGCUUCCAGAGGAAGCUGGGCAGUCAUCGCGCGUGGAUGCGAGAUGGACAGGAGAACCACUUGGCUGAAGUACAGCCACUUCAGGGAGACAAGAGUCAUUCAAAAACGUAAAUGUGACUCAAGUGAGUGCACACAGAAACAAGACAAUGGAGAAGUGCAGUGAACUCUGAUUUUAAAAAUAAUAAUUAUCAAAUGACUGAUAUUUCAAACAUGUGAAGGAGUCGUCGAAAGAGAGAGCACAACAUAUCCUGUGAAAAGACUUGUGGAUGAUGUGAAUGUCGUUUAUGUUCUGCUUACUUCUACAUUUGUUCAUUUAGCUCCGAGCCACCGUCUUUGUACAAGAAUUUAGAAGGAUUUUGUACGAAAAGCAAAACUCGACGGACGUGUAAACGAAUGGCAUUGAUAGUCACAACGUUAUAACAGGCCACAAAAGGUGAAGCAACAGGCAUAUAUUCUUUAUCCUCUGCAAAAACAUUAUCACUGCAGCAUAUAGUGUGAGUUGUGAAACUUUUCUUUGUGUAUUAUCUUUGUCUGCAUAUGAAAGCUCAAAUGGAACAGUGCAUAACGUUUUCUGUCAUUAUUCUGCUACAUUUUUCCUGAGAACGUGCUAAUAGACAAGCAAUGCCCUUGUGAACAUUUUUACUCUCAAUGUAUAAUUGAUUGGAAUGCUCUAGAUUGUGCUGGGAUUUUGGCAGAAGAUUGUUUGCUCAAAAUAUGAAUCAUUUCAAAAUAUGGAGAAAAAAAUGCUGAUUAUUUUCAUACAUAUCUGUAGCACGGCCACCAGUCUUUUGUUACUUUUUAAGUGUCCUCUACAAUUACAAGUUUCACAUUCAUCAAAUACAUUUGAAUCUUAUCGCAAUUUUUUAAAACAUAUUAAACAUUUGGGGAUUAAUUGUGUAUAUUAUUUUGACAUACUUAUCAUUGAACAGUGACCCAGAUUUCUACCGUUGGGGAAAUAUGACAAAUAUGACGUUCUAGAAAUGAUUGAUUGUGGCAUUACUUUGGUUCCGAUGUAUAGUUUGCCACUGUUCGCCUCUUUCCUCAAAAACUGGCCUUAGUUGAUGUUGUCCAGAGUUUGGGACUCUCUACAAGUUGAACAGAUGCAACGCAAAUGAGUGUGUGCAAUAAUUAUCUUUCAUAAACAAUGUACCUACUGUUAUGUCCGCUCUCGGUCUCUCAAGUUGUGUUCCUUAGGAGUGCUUCUGUCCGUUUGUGUUUGUACUUGUUUUGCACAUUUAGAAAAAUGGCAAGGCCUCUUGACACCCCUUAUCCCCGAAAAGACGGCACCUUAGCGUGAGAAAAACUGUACGCGUUCACGCAGGGCACCACUUUUUAGCUGGAUAGUCGAUGCUGAAAUCGUUUUGUGGGGAUAUUGUACAAUGUAUUACUUUAAAAAAAAGUAUGAUAGUACAUUCAAUACCUGUUUAUUGUACAAGGAAAAGAAAAUUUAUAUUUUUAAGAGAUUUUAUUAAAAAAAAAAAUGACUCUUAGAUAUACUGUCCUAAACUCAUAGUUGUGCAUUUCGGUGUAUGAAAUGCAUUCUUUUGGACUUGCAUCGAUCAGAUGAUAGUAAACAGUAGAUACCUUUGUAAUGUUUGCUUAUGUGUCCUUGUGUAAACGUCUCUCCCUUUAUCCUUUGUGCAAUACGAAGAACCAAAGACUACUCUCUGAUAGCUCAUUGAAGGUGAUGACUUUGUCUGCAACAUCCAGUAGAAUAAAGGUACGAUUUACUUCAGGGAGCUCAUUUAUUUGCCGCAAAAUCAGUGAAAUAAAUAUAUUAGAGCAGUGGUCCCCAACCCCUGGGCAGCGGACCGAUACCGGUCCAUGAGUCAUUUAGUACCGGCCCAAACAGAAAGGAUAAAUAACUUACAUUACUUCCCUUGUAUUCAUUUCGGAAUCUGAAAGAUGUUUUAUUUUCAAUUUUUUUUAAAGUUCAUAGCUACCCGUCACAUAUACUGUACAGUACUUAGUCUUUUCUAUGGCACGCAACCAAUUUGCUAAGUUAAGGCCAAAUAGAUGAGUGGCCAUCGGGGACAUAAUUCCCAAUUACCAUUUCCACACAUUACUAAAAUUGCUGUUGAGCGCCUUGAAGUUGUGCAUGUGAAUAUAAAAAUAUUCGGGCAUGUGUAUGUUUCAGUCAGGUGUGUGAGAGGUAUUGCUGCAUUGUGUGCCGGACGGCACCUCAUAAAACUCUAUGCUCCGUGCAGUAGGGGUAAAGCAGUAGAAAUAAUGUGAUUUCUCCCAGUCGGUAAUCACUACCAUAAAGAAAAUAGCAUGCUGUUAUUAUCAACACAGUAAUAAUGAUUUUUUAAAAUCCGAUAUGGAAUUUCCAGUGACUUCAAUGAGUAGCCUUGACUAGCGUUUUAACAUUUACACAGUAAAAUGAAAGUGGCUCCAAUCACAAACACACUCUAAAGUGGACAAUCACUGUUUCCAUGGCGACUGGGUGGCUCACUAUUGAUGCGAGCAAGAGUCUAUCUAAUUGGCAGUGACGAAGACCUCCAACACCACCAAAGCAAAAUAAUAUACUGUACAUACAGUACCUAUGUAAAUAAUGAUGGAUACACCAAGUCAUUGUACCUUCUGCAAUCAAUUUGAAGAGCAUUUAAAAUAAAGAAAUAAAAGAAUUUUGUUAAGAAACUGCCAAAUUUAAAUGAUUAAAAAAAAUGACCGCGUAUAUAAAAUCAAGCUUCAAAUUUGGGAAAAAGCAUGCCGUACUCUCUCCUCUCAGAUUCUGGCAGCCUGUCUCUUAAAACCACGCCCCACUCAAAUAUCAGCAAACACCACUAUGACCUAGCAAAACGGAUGCUACUUUGUCUAGCUGCUAGUAGGUGCUAGAGCUAGACUCUAGCGCCUUAGGCCUACACAUAAACAAAUACAUGUUUGAGACAUGAAAAGAUAAAGCCUCCAGUAGCUGGAAUAUAUCCACCUGAACAGGGCUUUUCCACACCGCGACAACAAGGCGCUCUAAAACAGCCACACACCAGAACAAAGGUGCCACGUCAGAUUUUUGUUUUAUAUGCCCCCAUCCCUCUCUGGGUUGGGUGAACUGUUUAAUUACUUAAUACUACAUAGUUCUCAGUCUUUAGAAAUGAUUUAAGCUGUGAGCCAUUUGGAAAGGAAACCUCAGAAUUCACUUUACAGGGUCUUUCAUGUUCUGGUCUAGCUGGAUAAAGAUACAUCACUGGUAGUCAAACAGAAUAUAAUUUUCGGACCAAUGACGUUACAUUGGAUAAGACAUCUGAUCCAAAACAGGUCAUCAUCUUAAGUAACCAAUCAAGAAUGACCACAGCAUAUUCAGCCACAAACUCUAAAUAUUUACCUCACUGCGUAGAGGUACUGACGGUGAAAUUUGAAUGCGACUGGAGCAAGGCGAGCCGUCAGCCUGAUUACGACUGAAGUCCGUGAUGAGUGCAGUGAAGUCUUCUUUGAAUCACUAGGACAUCGCUUGCAUUUCUUCUGCUCUUUUGGAAACAAAGACGCAGGCCAACGUACCGCCAGUGUGAAGUAUAGCUCAAUAAUACGCACAGCACUCAUGCACUCUAUUUUUCAUGUUCAAAACCCGCUUGGGUCCUCUGUGCAGAAUGGCAAUGCAAAAAUUGCCUCUGGGUUGAGACAUCCUUUAUGAGGAUGCGUGUUCGUUCUAUAAAUAUCAUGGCAGGCAUGCAACUGGAUGGUCUGGGACGGCAGAGGGGGCUGGUUUACACCAGUGUCUUUAGACGAAGGGUGUCGUGGAAUUCCAUGGAACGAACUUUCUAACUCGGCGAACUAUUGAACCCACGGGAAAUGAUACAAGCUGUCACUGAUGAAGGAGAUUUGUGGCAGCUCAGCCAUGAACUGCACAUAGGAGAUCGCUGCACAUAAUGAGACAAAGGCCUUGGUCGGACCCAUCUUUCAUUUACCUCGUGAAAUGUAUGGAACGUUUACGUGACAACACUCUAGUUGGCGAUCAAGGUGGAGUCCCGCCAAGAGUCGUGUAAAUGGCACGUCACUGAUGAAAGUUUAUCAGUGACGAGAGAUACCGCAAAAUGGCGCCAAAGCACUUUUUUAUUAGACAGUGUCCCUAUAUCAACAUACUGUAGUUCCUUGUGGGGUCGCUGAUUUGGUAGGUCCACUUGCCUGAGUUGUGUGUGGGCCGCGCGGCAUCGAUUCCCACUCAGUGACAGUGUGAAUGGUCGUUUGUCUCUAUAUGUGCCCUGUGACUGGCUGGCGACCAGUUCUGGGUAUAGUCUGCCUCCUGCCCGAAGUCAGCGGUGAAAGGCUGGAUAAUUCCGGGUGCACAAAGAUGCCACAAGGUGGCGCCAAAACUAAAUUUAUACACAAGACGGGGUAUUUCAGAAAGAGUCCAAAAACAGUGAAUAGUCAAGUUUGGUAUUUGAACAUAAAGAUGACAACAGUCUCCACAUGAUCCCGCAAACGUUUUUAAAUUAUGAAUCAAAUGUUGUCCCAAAAAAUGGCAUUUCAACAGGGGUGUGAAGACGUUUUAUAUCCACUGUGGCUGCAUAGGGCGAUAUUUGUCUUCCUCAUUCACUUCCUGUAGGAGUAAUAAAUUGGUGUCCCACUCGUUUGGUCCACACGUCAAGCAGAGAAAGUGGUCGUAAUGAGAAAGGGCUGUAGUGCCAAAGACUAAAGUUUCAUUCGUAUUCACCACAGUCACACAAACUGUACAUGUUGAUAAAUCUGUGUGGACAAGAGUCUAACAGAAUUUAUUUUAAACAACACAUAAUCUACUUAAAUGAUUAAUUCGUUCUCAUAUGGAUUAAUUUCCAAUGUCCUUGCUCAUUUGUUUACCCUUUCGUCCUGUUUUUGAGCGCUACCUAUAGUCGAUUUUUUAAAAUGUAUUUUUACUGACUGAAAGCUAAAAGACUGUCGUAACUUAAUCUCAAAGCACAACAUGCCACACAAGAGGUUGAGGCUAAAUCCAAGCACAUGUUCCAAUAGAACCAAUAUUACCCUUCUUCUGCUUCAGGGAGGACACUAACCUCUUCAAGCUCCUUAUUGUGUAUCGCUGUACUGACCAUGUUUGUGUAAAUUGAGGGGUUCGUAGGUUUUGGACCAUGUUUGUGUCUGACAAAAUCGUUUGAGUGUGUGUGUGUGUGUGUUUUACAAGCAUUGUAGCACUCGGUUUACUUUGUAGAGUGUUAUCUUCGACGUUCGAAUUCGAGGCAUGUAGCGAUGUUUGACAAAAUUACCUUGUAAAUAUAGUCGGAGAUGUAGUCCUAGAUCAGGCAUGUCCAGCUCCGGGCCUGGAGGGCUACACUCCUGCCUGUUUUCCAGCUCUCCCGGAUGCAACACACCUGAUUCAGAUGCUCAGCUCAUCAGCCAGCUCUGAAGCAGCAUUAGAUCAUCCUGAUCAUUUGAUUCAGGUGCGUUGCUCCUUGGAACGCACCUGAAUCAAAUGAUCAGGAUCGUUCUAAUGCAGCUUCAGAGCUGGCUGAUGAGCUGAUCAUCCGAAUCAGGUGUGUUGCUCCUUGAAGAGCUAGAAAACAGGCAGGACAGCGGCCCUUGAGGACCGACUUUGGACACCCAUGUCCUAGAUGAUCUGAUUGUGAGCAAUUUUGAAGCAAUUGUCUCUUUAUAUGACUGAUUAAUAAAGGAGAUACACCAGC